AUGGUGGGUCCCAGAUGCCCAAGGAGGAGCUCCACAGAAAAGGGUCAAAAGGCUUGGAUAGAGAAGACCUUUUCAAAAAGAGAAUGCAUCUACAUAAUUGCCAACAACAAAGAUGUUAACAGGUGCUGCUGUGGCCAGCUUAUUAGUCAACAUAUUCCAAUUCCUCCAAGUACAGCAGCUAACAAAAAUGGAGAGGAAACAAAGCAAUUGGAACCUCAGCCAGAAAAAUGGUCCGUCAGUAAACACACCCAAACAUGUCCAACAGAUGCCUAUGGAAAUCUUGAGUUCCAGGGAGGUGGACAUUCAAAUAAGGCCAUGUAUAUACGUGUGUCGUAUGACACCAAACCAGAUUCUCUGCUUCAUCUCAUGGUGAAAGACUGGCAACUGGAACUUCCCAAGCUUUUAAUCUCUGUCCAUGGGGGCCUCCAGAAUUUUGAAUUGCAACCUAAAUUGAAACAAGUAUUUGGGAAAGGCCUGAUCAAGGCUGCCAUGACAACAGGAGCCUGGAUUUUCACUGGAGGAGUUAGUACUGGAGUAAUUCGCCAUGUGGGAGAUGCCUUGAAAGAUCAUUCUUCCAAGUCCAGAGGCCGAAUCUGUGCCAUAGGAAUUGCACCAUGGGGCAUUGUGGAAAAUAAGGAGGAUCUGAUUGGGAAAGAUGUGUCAAGAGUUUACCAAACAAUGUCAAACCCUCUAAGUAAGCUCUGUGUGCUCAACAGUUCUCAUACACACUUCAUCUUAGCGGACAACGGCACACUUGGUAAAUACGGAGCUGAAGUUAAGUUGCGACGUCAACUGGAAAAACACAUCUCCCUUCAGAAAAUUAACACACGACUGGGACAAGGUGUGCCAGUGGUUGGGCUCAUAGUUGAAGGGGGUCCCAAUGUGAUCUCUAUCGUCCUGGAAUGUCUGCGAGAAGAGCCCCCUCUCCCUGUUGUUAUCUGUGAUGGCAGUGGACGAGCAUCUGACAUUCUGUCUUUUGCACACAAAUAUUCUGAAGAAGGGGGGAUAAUAAGUGAAUCCCUCAGGGACCAGCUUCUAGUUACCAUUCAAAAAACCUUCAACUACAACCGGAACCAAGCCCAUCAGCUGUUUGUCAUUCUCAUGGAGUGUAUGAAAAAGAAGGAACUUAUAACUGUGUUCCGUAUGGGUUCUGAGGGGCAACAGGACAUUGAGAUGUCUAUUUUAACUGCUCUACUUAAAGGUACCAACGCAUCUGCACCAGAUCAGCUGAGCUUGGCAUUGGCCUGGAACCGUGUGGACAUUGCACGUAGCCAAAUCUUUGUCUUUGGACAUCACUGGCCGCCUUUAGGAAGCCUUACAGUGACUGAUGGCACAGCACCUGAGAAGGAAAAGAAAUCUCCAGCAGCUCAAACUAAAGCAGCCAGAGGGAAAGGAAAAGGGAAAAAAAAGGGAGGGAAAAUGAAAGAAGAGCCGGAAGAAGAAACAGAUCCACGGAAGCUUGAACUACUAAACUGGGUGAAUUCCCUGGAGCAGGCUAUGCUGGAUGCCCUGGUACUGGAUCGAGUUGAUUUUGUGAAACUCUUGAUUGAAAAUGGAGUGAACAUGCAACGCUUCCUCACUAUUCCUCGACUAGAAGAGCUUUAUAAUACUAGAUUGGGUCCACCAAAUACACUGCAUUUGCUAGUCAGGGAUGUGAAAAAGGGAAAUCUUCCACCCGAUUAUCAUAUCAGCCUGAUAGAUAUUGGUCUUGUACUUGAAUACCUCAUGGGUGGAGCUUAUCGCUGCAACUAUACUCGAAAAAGUUUUCGGACCCUUUACAAUAAUUUAUUUGGACCAAAGAGGCCAAAAGCUCUUAAACUUUUAGGAAUGGAGGAUGAUGAGCCUCCAACCAAAGGGAAAAAGAAGAAGAAAAAGAAAAAGGAGGAAGAGAUAGAUAUCGAUGUGGAUGACCCAGAAGUCAGCCGCUUUCAGUACCCAUUUCAUGAACUCAUGGUAUGGGCAGUGCUGAUGAAACGGCAGAAGAUGGCACUCUUUCUUUGGCAGCGAGGGGAGGAGACCAUGGCCAAAGCACUUGUGGCAUGUAAACUGUACAAAUCCAUGGCCCAUGAGUCUUCAGAGAGUGAACUGGUGGAUGACAUCUCUCAGGAUUUGGACAACAACUCAAAAGAUUUUGGCCAGCUGGCUGUUGAGUUGUUAGAUCAAUCCUAUAAACAUGAUGAACAGGUUGCCAUGAAAUUACUGACCUAUGAACUGAAAAAUUGGAGUAACUCCACCUGCCUAAAACUUGCUGUGGCAGCUAAACACAGGGACUUCAUAGCUCACACCUGCAGCCAGAUGUUAUUAACAGACAUGUGGAUGGGGCGGCUACGCAUGCGGAAAAACCCAGGUCUUAAGGUUAUAAUGGGGAUUCUCUUCCCACCCACCAUCCUAUUCCUAGAGUUUCGCACUUCUGAUGAUUUUUCCUAUCAGACAUCAAGAGAAAAUGAAGAUGGCAAAGAAAAAGAGGAGGAAAAUGUGGAUGCAAAUGCUGAUACAGGCUCCCGAAAAGGAGAUGAAGAGAAUGGAAACAAAAAGCAACGGAGCCUUCCUAUUGGAAAAAAGAUCUAUGAAUUCUAUAAUGCACCUAUUGUAAAGUUCUGGUUUUACACGAUAUCAUACCUGGGUUACUUAAUGCUGUUCAAUUAUAUAAUCUUGGUGCGGAUGGACCGCUGGCCCUCACUCCAGGAAUGGAUUGUCAUCUCCUAUAUUGUGACUCUGGCUUUAGAGAAAGUAAGAGAGAUUCUGAUGUCGGAGCCAGGCAAGCUGAGCCAGAAAAUAAAAGUCUGGCUGCAGGAAUACUGGAAUAUCACUGAUAUGGUGGCUAUUUCAGUAUUUAUAAUUGGAGCAAUUCUUCGCCUACAGAACCAGCCUUACAUGGGUUAUGGAAGAGUAAUCUACUGUGUGGAUAUCAUUUUCUGGUACAUUCGAGUACUGGAUAUCUUUGGUGUGAACAAGUAUUUGGGACCCUAUGUCAUGAUGAUUGGAAAAAUGAUGAUUGACAUGCUGUACUUUGUGGUCAUCAUGCUUGUGGUUCUGAUGAGUUUUGGAGUAGCCCGCCAAGCUAUCCUGCACCCAGAUGAGGAGCCCUCUUGGAGACUAGCCCGCAACAUCUUCUAUAUGCCCUACUGGAUGAUCUAUGGAGAGGUGUUUGCAGACCAGAUAGACCGUAAGAGUAGAAUUCAUACUCCUUGUGGGGAUAAUCUUUAUGAUGAGGAUGGUAAACGUCUCCCUCCAUGCAUACCUGGGGCCUGGCUCACUCCUGCUAUCAUGGCUUGUUACCUUCUGGUAGCAAACAUUCUACUGGUAAAUCUGCUGAUUGCGGUCUUCAACAAUACCUUCUUUGAAGUGAAGUCCAUAUCCAACCAAGUUUGGAAAUUCCAGCGAUAUCAGCUGAUCAUGACAUUCCACGACAGACCUGUCCUACCUCCACCUAUGAUCAUCUUCAGCCACCUCUACAUAAUCAUCAUCCGCCUUUGCUGUCGCUGUAGGAAGAAACAAGAAGGAGACCAGGAUGAGCGUGACCGGGGACUGAAAUUGUUUCUGAAUGAUGAAGAGCUGAAGAAAUUGUAUGAAUUUGAAGAGCAAUGUGUUGAGGAAUAUUUUCAGGAAAAGGAGGAUGAACAACAAUCAUCUAAUGACGAACGUAUCAGAGUCACAUCUGAAAGAGUGGAAAACAUGUCUAUGAGGUUAGAAGAAGUGAAUGAAAGAGAACAUUUUAUGAAAGCUUCUCUUCAGACAGUUGACCUUCGACUUUCUCAACUGGAGGAGCUAUCUGGUCGGAUGGUGAAUGCCCUCGAAAAGCUGGUGGGUAUUGACAAAUCCGAGCUGACGCAUACACACUCACGAGCUUCUUCUGAAUGUGAUGCCGCUUACCUCCUGAGGCAAAGCAGUGUCAACAGCUCUGAUGGCUACAGCAUGUACAGAUAUCAUGUCAGUGGUGAUGAGUUAACAUUUGAUGAUAGCACCACCCCGAUGUCACCAGCCAUGGGCUUGCACAAAAAAGCCUAUUAUUUUGGUACGAAAGAAGAAAAAGAUGGUGCAGACUCAAAGAUGCAGCUGGUUCCAGAACGUCAGGGUAGUCUUCGCUAUAUCUCCAGUGCUAAUACAGUUGCCACUACAGAUUACAAUAAAUCUACAUUAGAAAUUGCACAGAAUGUCACUAGACAUUCAGACGUUUCAGUUUCAUCUGAUGACAAGCAAGGGAUUUCCAAGAGUGAUGAAACAAUUCCCCAAAGCAUAAAGCAAACAGAUAUUGUUAUGAAUGGACAGUCAGUCACAAGACCAGAUUUUCAGAACACUCAUUUAACAGUAGAAAGGACCAAGUUAGAAGCUACUAUCUCUUAUCCCUUGGACAAGUCUAAGGCAAUGCGCUAUUACCCUGCUGAAGCUUUCAAUGCUUGUCAAACAACCAUGCUAAAGUCAAGGAGCUUUAUAUUUGCACAUGGAGGGAAGCUGGUUGGAGGGGUCAACAACUGGACCACAGACUAUAACACCAUAAUGGAUCAAGUGUGCCCUUCCACAGUUGAACAGUGGACUAGUGAGUGGAAAUACCAGGUUGAACAGAAACUUUCUAAUGAACCUAGUCCAGAAUAUCCUGGUGAGUCUGAAGCAGAAAGGCAAGCAGAGCAGAAACAGUUACUGACAGAUACAGAAGAUGACAGUGAUGUUGGCGAAGCAGGUGUCAGUGCCUCUCAUACUUCUACACCUGUCACCGACAGGACUGAGACAGAAAACUUACUGUCAGUGAAGCCAGACAGGACUGAUAGAUUCCCAUCUGUACGAUCAAAGAGUUUACACAGCCAUUCUCGGAAAGCCAAGUCCAUUAAGGACAAAUUAAAUAGACCAGGACACGCCAGCAGUGUAACUAAUCUAGUGGUGGCCUGUGGCAGUGCAACAGAAGAAAAAAAAGCUAAGCAAGAAAACACUUCCACGGAAACUGAGUGCUAA